AUGCAUCCUUUCAUGUUGAGAACGUGGCAAGAAAUACCAUCGAGCGAUAUUGCGUCUAAAUAUCUGGAGGCACUCGGUAAAGAGAAAGCACUUCACCGGAAGUAUGCACCAGCCGCCUUGGUCGACGGUAACGAGAUUGACGAAAAGAUUCAUGAGCUUGUCACUAUGAACAUACCCGAGGCCCUUCAGAACCUCGAACGUUCUUUGACCAUUGCGUUUCUUUCAAUCAACGAGGUGUCUGGACCGGCUUUUCAUCUUUCCCUCAUGCUCCAAAGAUUUGAUCUCACGACUACAGCGGACACUCCCGAGAACAUAAGCCUAUCGUGGGCGAUAUGGUCCUUGCGUCAUCUUCGAGGGGAAAUCCAACGUCGCGUUGAGGAGCUGGAAGCUUUUCGGGUACUUCUGAAACGAGUAAUUUCGGUGCGCUACGGGAUUGAAGGAAGGGAAUAUGCUUCAGAAGUGUUUCCUGAAAUGUCUCUUGCUUCUAUGGACACCCUCGACAUGACGGCCUUGAUCUCGAUUGCGCUGGGGAUUGCGCACAGUGAGACUGCGCGCAGCCACACGGGGGGAUAUAUUGGAUGGCGUAGCGGAGAACGGAACUGUGAUCUUAAUUUCCCAUCGAGAGAGAAACAGCGCGAUGCCUUGAAGUUUGCAGCAGGAGGUCGUUUCAGAGGUCGGGGCUCGAGGGACAGUUGUUAG